AUGCAUUCCAUCCUUUCACUUCCCUUCAUAUUCUCAAUCCUCAUCACUCUCGCUCCAGCAGACCCAACACCAUGUCUCUGCACCACCUACUCUCAAAUCGCUCCCGCCGUCGCAUCCUGUACAUCCAUCAUCCUCCGCAAUAUCACCGCCCCCAGCGCCUCCAGCAUCAACCUCUCAAAACUCAAAGAAAACACCACCAUAACAUUCUCCGGCAUCACAACCUUCGAAUUCACAAACUCCUCUUCCUUCACCCCCAUCUCCAUCGGCGGCAAAAAUAUAACCAUCACUGCUGAACCAGAUGCUGUCAUCGACGGCGCAGGACAAUUAUACUGGGACGGUCUCGGUUCCAAUGGUGGCGUACCAAAACCAAACCAUUUCCUCACCCUCAAACUCCACAACUCCACCCUCGCCUCCCUCACAAUCCACAACUGGCCCGCACACCUAAUAUCCAUCACCUCCUCCACAAACCUCACGCUCUCCAACCUAACCCUCGACAACUCCGCCGGCGACGCGUCGAAUAACCGCUCGAAUGGUCUGCCCGCUGCCCAUAAUUCGGACGGUAUCGAUAUCAGCUCCAGUUCCGAUCUCCUAAUCAAGGAUAUCAGAGUCUGGAACCAGGAUGAUUGCGUGGCUAUCACCAGCGGUGAUCGGAUUGUGGUCGAGAAUGUGCACUGUGUCGGGAGUCACGGCCUCAGUAUCGGGUCUGUGGGUGGGAAGGCUGAUAAUAACGUGACCGAUAUCCUGUUUAAGGAUAGUACAUUAAUCAAUGGAACCAACGGAGCGAGGAUUAAAACGAAUUUCAACGCAACGGGAUGGGUGGCUAAUGUCACGUAUGAGAAUUUGUGGUUGGAGGGGAUAAGGACGUAUGGGAUUGAUGUGCAGCAGGAUUAUUUGAAUGGGGGCCCGACGGGGAGGCCGAGUAGUGGGGUGGUGGUCGAGGGGGUGGUGUUUAGGAAUGUGAGCGGAAGUAUGAGCGGUAGUGGUGGGAUGGGGGUUUAUGUGCUUUGUGGUGAUGGAAGUUGUAAUAAUGUGACGUUUGAGGAUGUACGUAUUACGGGAGCGGCGAAGGAGAGUAGUUGUAAUUAUCCUGUUGGUGGGUGUCCAACAUAA